CUCGUAUGCAGUAGCGUGAACGCGCGCAGUGGUGCGCCCGCUCAGAGGGGGAGAAAGAGCCGCCGAGGAGGGCAGAAACACAAGAGAGGGGCAAGUCUUUCCACGAUAGCGCCGCGGCUUGGGAACAAACCAACUGAGUGAAGUUGGCUGGAAUGGAGCUGAGCGUUGCCAUUCUGAGCAGUUUCGAAUCGUCUACCUAAGCCGGGGCAUUUCGCGCAGAGCCUGGGGGGCAGUUUGCGGUUGGUCCCGAGGGUUUGUGGAGCCCGUAUGAAUCUGUUGCUAGCAGCGCUCGAAUGCUAGUUAGCCCCGUUGCUAAGCAGCUAGCCAACACUGCGAGUCAAUUGUGUCGGAGAUCUCGGAAAUACGUGUAAAAAAGCGGUUACGCUCAUCCGCAGCUCUCGGGAUUGUUUUCCCCGUUGAGUUUUUGCUUUUUCCCAAGUGAGGGACGCUAAUAAGCGAACUCUAGAGUUUCAAUUUCGAUUUAUUGUCAUCGGAUAGUUUUUUCCCCCUUCUCUCUAUUAGCUUGUUAGCUGCUCUGGUUGGUUUGGUCCAUUUUGUCGGAGAUUUCUACUGUAAUAGCUGCCAGCGACAACAGCCCCUUGUUCUCGUAUUUGUGGACAUGAAUGAUUGUAUCGCGGACUGAGAGUGGUUUAGAGAAGCGAUACUUUGAGAUGCCGCGCAUGAGAUACUUCAUGUUUCCAGGGACGCUUUUAAUUUCUUGUUAGACUGCUUUAUGGGAGUGCUAGUGUGCAGGGUUUUGCUUUAGAGAACACUAGAAUUAAAACAGUUUUUCUUCCCCACAUGCGAACCGGUUGUCCGCCUUUAUCCAUCCACCGCGCGUUGUUUCGAUGUGGUUAAAGCCCACAUUUCAGUCGCAAUCUCGUGGUUUUCUCAUCUAGUGGUUCGCUCGGCUCCACGCUUGUAUUCACGCCGUCAGUGGUAACUUACAUGGUCGCUGAGACAGCGCGCUGAAACACGCUUUCAUUGGUUUGCGGUGGGGAAACGGCGAGAUUCAGCUCGAAGUAUCAUGGAUGAUCAGACCCGAAUGCUGGCUGGCCUGGGCGGACUCGGUGGACUCUCGCAAGCCGACGUGGGUGACCCCGAUUCGGUUCGGAAGCAGCAGUCCCUCGGUCAGCCGCAGCAAGACAUUGGGGAUAUCCUCCAGCAGAUCAUGGCCAUCACCGACGAGAGCCUCGACGAAGCCCAGGCGAGAUGCUGGCCAGAGGAGGCACCGGCGCAGUGGACCCCACAGAGAGAGGGGGAGCUGGGGGGGAGUACAGCAGGGUGUGCCCUGCCGCUCAACUUCCAGCACAGAAAACACGCACUGAACUGCCACAGGAUGAAGCCGGCUCUCUUCAGUGUUUUAUGUGAGAUCAAAGAAAAAACUGUGCUGAGCAUCAGAGGUGUACAGGAGGAGGACCCUCCAGAUCCCCAGAUCAUGCGUCUGGAUAACAUGCUGCUGGCCGAGGGAGUGUCUGGUCCUGAAAAGGGCGGCGGAUCGGCGGCGGCGGCUGCAGCUGCAGCAGCGGCUGGAGGAUCACCAAACGACGGCAGCAUCGAGCACUCGGACUAUAGAGCCAAACUCGCACAGAUCCGCCAGAUCUACCACUCCGAACUAGAGAAAUACGAACAGGCUUGCAGUGAGUUCACCAAUCACGUGAUGAACUUACUGAGGGAACAGUCCCGCACACGGCCCAUCUCACCCAAAGAGAUCGAGCGCAUGGUGGCCAUCAUCCACCGCAAGUUCAGCUCCAUCCAGAUGCAGCUCAAGCAGAGCACCUGUGAGGCCGUCAUGAUCCUGCGCUCUCGCUUCCUUGAUGCCAGACGUAAGAGACGCAACUUUAACAAGCAAGCCACAGAGGUGCUGAACGAGUACUUCUACUCUCACCUCUCCAACCCUUACCCCAGCGAGGAAGCCAAGGAAGAGCUGGCCAAGAAAUGUGGGAUCACUGUCUCUCAGGUCUCGAAUUGGUUUGGCAACAAGAGAAUUCGGUACAAGAAGAACAUUGGUAAGUUCCAAGAGGAAGCAAACCUGUACGCCGUUAAAACAGCCGUGGAUGCUGCCAAUGUGUCGGCACAGGCCAGCCAGGCAAACUCUCCAGCAACACCCAACUCAGGUGGAUAUCCUGCACCGUGCUACACACCUGACGGCAGGCUAUGAAGAUCUGUCAGGAAGUCCUCUUUACACCCCAUAUCAUCUAAACACUAAUAACAGCUGGCAAGACAACACCAACCCUUCCUCCAUCACCUCUCCACCAGGACCACCUGGCAGCAUCCACUCCGACACCUCCAGCUAAUGAGGCUGGCACUACACACACACACACACACACACAGAGCAUCUCAUCAUCCAGUCUCGCCCGUUCUCUCCUGCUCACAGCUUUCGUCCCUCACUCUAGCAGAUGUCAAAGGUCUUCCAUAGUCCUCGUUCCACUUGGUGUGCCAGGGUUCACACACUGAACCAGACUGAAACACACGCACUCUUCGAACAUAAGAUGGAGAACAUC